CAUCCGAUAAUCAUGAAGCUCCUGCCUCUCGUGUCAGCGGGCUUUUUGUUCGCACAAUCCAUCUCUGCUACUUCGCUCCAGAAAAGAGACACCGUGAGCACUAUCUUGGAUGAUAUCAAGAACGCUGCCACUUGUACAGCUUGUCAGGCUCUGGCCCAUAUCGGUAACGAUGCCUUCGUCGAUGUCAUCACCUCGGUCUGUCAGUCGCUUGGAGAUCCAGAUGUUUGCGCUGGUGCAAUUGGUCUCGAGGGGCCCAUCUUGGCUCACGACCUUCGUCAAAUGAAGAUUGGCUCGCACACUGCUCAGCUCUUCUGCGGCACCAUCUUCGGACUUUGCGACUACCCAGCUGUGACGCCGAACACUAUCUCGUUCCCCUCGGCCAAGCCCGCUGGAGCUGCUCGUCCUCCACCUAGCGGCAAGACUCCUUUGAAGGUGGUUCACUACAGUGAUAUUCAUGUCGACCUUUCCUACGAAGUUGGCGCCAACUACAACUGCACCAAGAACAUCUGUUGCCGCCCGUACACGGCUGCUGAUGCCCCAGGAAACACGCAGUUCCCUGCCGGUGCUUAUGGUAACACCAAGUGCGACAGCCCACGCAGCCUCGAGCAGAGCAUGUACAAUGCCAUCAAGACUCUUGUACCCGACGCCGCCUUCUCUCUCUUCACUGGUGAUGUGGUCGAGGGCGCAGUCUGGCUUGUAAACCAGACUGAGGUCACAGGUGAUCUCAACAAUGCGUACUCGCUCAUGAACACUCUUGGCAUGCCUAUCUACGGUGUCGUAGGCAAUCAUGAUGCUGCUCCUGUCAACAGCUUCCCUCCCGCUGCUGUCGAUACCACCAUUUCGAGUCAAUGGGUCUAUGACACUUUGUCAACUGCCUGGACCAAGUGGAUUGGCUCUGCAGCUGCCACCGAAGCUGACAAGUUUGGCGCCUAUUCAGUCAAGAACCCAAACACUAACCUUCGUAUUAUUUCCUUCAACAGCAACUUGUACUACAAGCAGAACUUUUGGCUGUACGAGGAGCCCAUGGAGACCGAUCCUAGUGGUCAACUAGCUUGGCUCGUAUCUGAGCUCGACGCGGCUGAAAAGGCUCGCGAGCGCGUCUGGUUGACUGCUCAUAUGCCCAUGGGAUCCGGCGAUGCUUUCCAUGACGCCUCAAACUACUUCAACCAAAUCGUCACAAGAUACAGUGCCACCAUUGUUGCGCAGUUCUACGGCCACACUCACAGAGAUGAGUUCCAGAUCACCUACUCGGACUAUAAGGCUCAGACGGCUGCCAAUGCCCUUGAAGUGUCGUACAUCGCUCCUGCUCUGACUCCUACGUCCGGCAAUCCUACUUUCCGUGUCUAUUCUGUCGAUCCUGUUACUUUCGGUAUUCUGGAUUACACCACUUACAUUGCCAACAUGUCCUCUUCAACCUAUCAGAACGGCCCAACCUGGCAGAAGUACUACUCCGUCAAGGAACAGUACGGUGCCCAGCUUAGCCCUCCCGUCACUGCAGCAUCUGCUGAGCUGACACCUGCUUUCUGGCACAACGUCACCACUCUCUUCCAGAACAACGAUGCUGUUUUCCAACAGUACAACGCCCGCAAAUCCCGUGGUUAUGGUGUGUCUGCCUGCACUGGUGACUGCAAGACCGACACCAUCUGCCAGCUCCGCGCAGCAGAAUCUCAAUACAAUUGCGUGACUAUUAAGCCUGGAAUCAACUUCAAGAAGCGUGAUGUGGCUGCUAGUCACGCUCAUUCUGACGAAUGUGAUGGUUCUGCAGGUGCUAAGAUCUUGAGUGUGCUGACCGAUAACAUCAGUGUCUUCCAGCAGGUUCUCGAGAAGCAACUUGGUGCUAGUUUCAUGGGUGAGACUGUCAACGGCACCACUUCUUGA